AUGUCUCGACCUGGUACUACACUCUAUGUCACCGGCUUCGGGCACGGGACCCGAGCUCGCGACCUUGCCUACGAAUUCGAACGAUAUGGACGUCUUGUCCGCUGUGACAUCCCAGCGCCGCGUACCCCUUCCAGCAGACUGUUUGCCUUUGUGGAGUACGAGAGCCGCCGCGACGCAGAUGAUGCAUACCAUGAAAUGCAUAAUAAGCGGAUUGGCCGCGAUGAUCUGUUGAAAAUUGAGUGGGCGCGUACUCCUCCAUCUGCUUCUUGGCGUUUUGACUCUGGCCGGGACCGGCGACGUGACCGUACUCCGCCACGACGUGGCCGCUCUCCUUCUCCUAGACGUGGUCGUGGCGACUAUUCUCCCCGAAGGGAUGACAGGUACGAACGGGAUUAUGACCGACAUGACCGCGAUUAUGACCGCCGCGAUCGCGACUAUGAUCGCCGUGACCGGGAUUAUGAUCGCCGCGACCGGGACCGUGAACGUUCCCGUGACCGCUCUCGAAGCCCUGAUGAGAGGGACCGCGAUAUCAAGGAUGAAAGGGAGCGCCGUGAUGACGAUCGUGAACGACGCGAGGACGAGCGGGAGAAUAUCCCCAAUGGUGAAGACAGGAAAGUCCCCUUAGAACCCUUGACCUCCGCUCAUGAUGAGCUUGAUACAGCCGAGUAG